CAUAGAUGGUCAUAUACUCUACAAAGAAGCCAAACCGACACAUUGUCUCUUCACUGCUUGAUAUUUACAGAUUUUAAGACUAGUGUUUUUUGUUGUUGUUUUUUUUAUCAAAUAGAGAAGAUAAUACCAAAGUAAAUUCUAUCAUGCUUAACAGAUACGGGAUAAUUGUGCUGACUAUUGUUCCUGUGGUGACAGUUUCAGCAAUCACAACAUGUCUUAGUAGUGACAACCAAAGAGUUGAAGUGGUAGAUGCUAAUCGACAACUAUGUUGUAAUGGGGUUCAUGCUAAGGUCUUGAAAAAUGGAGAUGAACAAAAGUGCUGUGAAGUGAUUCAUCAUGAUAGUGGGACAGUAAAGAGACAGGUGUAUAACUCGAGGACUUCCUUUUGUUGCGGAGGUGUUCUGUAUCAUCUACAGCCAAGUAAAAAUUAUGCAAAGCCUAAAUGCUGUGGAGAUAUGGUACUGCUUAAUCAAACAACAGAAUUCUGUUGUGGUAACAAAACAUACAAAAGAUCCCCGCAACACCACCAGUGCUUUGAAACAGAUACCAAAUCGUUUACAAUAAGAUCUGAUGAGAAAGUUUGUUCAAUAUACUCAAAAAACAGAACUGAGGUGAAGGUUUACACAAGAGCACAAGUUAAAAGAAAUGGAUCAGACUGUUGUGGAUUAACACUAUAUGACCAAAACGAUCUCUUUUGUUUUAAGGAAGAACUUUGGCCAUAUGGAUCUCUACCUGCAGAGUGUGGUCCAGCCCACACAGUUCAUGAUCAAACGAAGACAGUGUGCUGUCAAGAUACAGGAAAAUUAAUUCCAAUCCCUGAAAGUCAUGCAAAGUAUCACAACAUUAAUCCAAACUACCGCUGUUUCAAAGGACGGUUGUUUGACGGAGAUAUCAAAGACAUUUUUCAGUAUGAAGGUGUUGUCGUUCCAAAACACUUUAAGCCAUGUGGAUCAGAGUACUAUGAUCCAAGUUUUUCUAGAGGGAAAGUGUUUUGUUGCAAUGGUACAGUGAAUUAUGCCAGGUCAGAUAUGGAUGUCAGAUGUUGUGGAAAUGAGUUGAUUGACAAUACAGAACACAACUGCUGUAAUGACAGAAAACUUCCCAAAUCACAAGGCUGUUGUGGAAACUCCAUAUACGACAAAUACAAGAGUGAUUUACAAUGCUGUGGCAUGCAGCUUUACAAUAACUCGUACCUGUGCUGCAGACCAUAUUCAGGCUUAGAAAUUCCAACUUUAAAACGUAAAAGAAAUGACAAUACAUGUUGUGGAAAAACAACUUUUCAUCCCUUAGAAGGAGAUUGUUGCGGAGGAAAAGUGUAUGAAAAACUUGCCCAGAAAAACCAGAAAUGUAAUGGCAAUGGGGAGGUGGUAAAUGUUACCAUGCUGCAGCCCAAACUCAAAGACAUACGUCAUCAACUUAACAACAGUCGUGAUAUUGGCAGUGAAAAACCGAAAAGACAAAGGAGAAUAAAUGAUUGUCCUGCUUGUCUCCCAUAUGAACAGCCAUUUCAGGAAUGCACCAAAAGGUUCAGAUAUCAGAUUUAUGUGCGUAAGAUUGAGGCCAAACCACUCAUCACUAAGGUACACGUUCUACUGCUGGAGCCCAGCUUUAUGCGGAAGACAAAAAUGGUUUUGAAAACAAGUGGAAAAUGCAAGUGCUUUAAACCAGACACUGUUUAUAACCUUUAUAGCAACAGAAAUCUAAAAGAAAAGAUUAAAGUCUCCAAAAUAUUUCAGUCAAAAUUUACUGAGAGGGACAUGUUAUUUGAAGUGAAAGGCAAUUUCGGCGACUUUCGUAGGGAACAUAUAUGUAAGGUAGAAAGGUUCUAUAAGCCAUUUGUACCUUGAUGAAAGCUUACAUAUAGCAAUCUCUGGUCUUUCAUACAGUUGUUGUUCAUGUGCCAAACAAGUUUUAUUUGUAUAAAAAAUCCCUUCCAUUUUUGUUAAUGUAGAUCUACUGUUUCAUUAACAGUAAAGGUCCCAUUUUACUAUAGCAAUAUAUAACCUGCAAUUUAGUCUAUUUGUUCUUUCACUGAAUGUUACUAUGUAUAAAACAUUGUCAUAUCACAGGAAAAAUAUCUCACUGAGUUCUAAUAUUAUCAAAUUUUAUACUGUCCACUUAUUGCAAGUAUGUUUAGCUUAUGCUGGUAGAAUGUUUCUACCUUCUGAAAACUGCUUGGAUUAAUGUUUAGCUUAUAGAAUAUUUCACAUUACAUGUACUAGAUCUACCAGAUUGCAUUUGUCGGGAUUUACACAAAGUAUUGUAAAAAACAAAACGGCCCAACAACUCUUAUGAACUCUUAAGUAUGAAUCUCUAUACGUAUGUCUUUCAUGGCAUUCAGCAUAAUGCUGCUAUUUUGGUCUAGUCAUGGUGAAAGGCAUAUCAGCAGUGACUAGAAAACUUGGAUCAGUGCCAAGUAAUAACUUUGUUUUUGAAAAGUUAUCUUGUAAAAUUAUCAUAAAUUUAAGUUUUAGAUUAAUAAAGUUUGAAAGGGACUUGAAGAAGGCUGAGACUGUUUAUGAAGAAUACAUCAGUGCUGUAUCAGUGCUGUAUCAGUGCUGUAUCGAUCAUUUUGUGGUUGCCACACUUUUGUAGAGGCCUGUAUUUUAUACUAGUUGAAAAAAUCUUGACUGAAACAUAGAAUUUAAUGCCACAAAUUUAAAUGAUGUCACAGCAUAUUAUCAUAAUUACCAGGUCAAAGAUAUAGCAAAAAUUAUUUACUAUAAAUAGACUUGACUGACUGUCAUGCUAGGAAGUAAAAUAAAAGACAUAACCGAUUAUUUAAUUUGACUAAUGAAAAACACUGCAGUUUGAAAAGAAACAGGAAGUUCACUGCAGUUCACUGUAUUAACAUGACAAAACAAGCAUGACAAUAUACGGUUUAUUUUGUAUUAUCUAUUUGUGUCAAUAAAUUAUAAAAGUUACACAUGUUUUUAUGACACUUUUUUUUACACUGUGUUCGUAUAUCCAUUAAUUUUCAAUUAUGUGGGUUGAUUAUAAUAUCAAUUCUAGUUUGCCUAAAAAAAAAUCAAAUUUUUAAUAUUUCUAUUUUUUUUUCCAUAUUACAGGACGUGUUAUAUUUUUAACUUUCCAUUGCAAUGUAGUGUUUCCAAAUCAGCAUGUGAUAUUGUAAAAUCAGAAAUAUUUGCAAGAGAAAUAAUUUUUGCGAUCUUCAUAAUCAUAUUAAAUCAUUUUCCAAACAUUCUAUGAUUAUGACUACUUUAACCAAUGAAAAACAUUAUGACUUAAUAUAUUUCGUAAAAUUUCUUUCACACAAAGAUAUCUGAUUUUACAUUUGUGAAAGUGAGCUAAAUUAUACUCAUUUUUUGUAUGUUAUUGUUUAUUUUUUGUAUGUUUUACUUGACUGUUUGAUAUGAAUCAGUUUCAAAUUAAUUAGGCCGCCCAUUAUUGUGAGUUGUCUCCCCCAUGUCCAUCCAUUGUCAAGAUGACUUUUCUUUUUAAAGUGCUGCACAAACUGUCACAAAAUAUAGAAUCUACUGGAAAUGUUCCUGUAUAGAAAUAUUUCAAGUUCUAUUUGUAAAAUGGCCCUCAGGUAAAAAAAGCCAUCACAGAGUCCAAGGGUUUUAAAACAUCUUUUCUGCGAAUCUGCCAGACUUCAGAUGUUAGAUGUAGGAAUCUUCGGUUGUCACAGAGGUCAGUAUUUUAUAUCAAUAUAUGCUUUGGAUCAAACCUGAACAAAAAAGUGUUUUCACAGAGAAAUUUUACUUGUAGUACCUUUAUUGAGAUAGCAACUUUGGCCCUUUUGGGUCUCUUGUGUAAAUCUAACCAUUGUUUCAUUAAUAUCACAUUUUUAUAUUUCACUCAUUGUAACAUUUUAAAUAACAAUAGGGGCAGCUAAAAGAUAUAUUUUGAUAUAAAAUAGAAAUAUCAAUGGUGGAAACAGAAACAUACUUCUGAUUUUCGAAAAUAUGAAUCAGUUUUAGAACAAACCAAUUUAUAUGAUGGAAAUAGUGUCACUAUGAGCUUCAUUGCAUAUAACAACAAAUUUUAAUUAUUUUAGAACUUUCUUGUUUGUAAAUAUCUAUGUAUAAUAUUUUUAUAUCAAAAUAUAUCUCGGAUCAUUUGACAUUUUUUUUUACAUUUCAAUAGGGCAGAGCAUUUACAUGUUUUAACUAUCAGGCAACAACAAUUUUUAUUUUAAUUCUUCAUUUUUCCCCUAGUUUUUUAACAGUUAAAUUUUACUAUCCACAGGAAGUAUAACACAUACCAAAAGGCAUUAUUCUUUUUAUACUGGUAAUUUUUUGUUAACUUUUUACACAGCAUUUGUUUUAGACUAACAAAGUGUUGAAAUCAAGUAAUCUGUAAUAAAGUUUAUUUUUUUCUUCAUAAUGACAGUGAUAUUUCUAAGAAAAUCCUUUUCUCUCUAGGCUCAUCUUAAAAGUCUUGCAAUUUUGUUCAGAAAGUGCUGUUUAUGAGGAUUUUAUGACAGAGAUAUUUAUUUUAAUAACUCUAAGGACUGAUGCCAAUCUACAUUUGUUUUUGUUAUUUUCAAAGGUUCAUAAUAGUUAUCAACAGUUUACUGUGCUUCCUUUAUUGAAAAAAAUAGGCACUUUAAAUUACCUUUAGGUUUAACCUGCAAGCAGUCUCAUAUCACAGUGAGAAAGUGUUAAUCUUUGAUAUAACAUGUCUUGUAUGUAAACUUGUUUUAAAAAUUUAAAAUUUAUUUUUUGCAUGUUUGUAUGUAUGUAUGUAAAUUUGUGUUUUGUAGCUCACCUGAGCACGAAGUGCACAAGGUGAGCUAUUGUGACUAGUCAUUGUCCUGCGUCAUGCGGUGUUCGUCGUGCGUCAUCUGUCAACAUUUGCUUUGUUAACACUCUAGAGGCCACAGUUCUUACCCAAUCUUUAUGAAACUUGGUCAGAAUGUUUGUCUUGAUGAUCAUUAGGUCAAGUUUGAAACUGGGUCAUGUGGGAUCAAAAACAAGGUCAGUAGGCCAGAUCAAAGGAAAAUCUUGUUAACACUCUAGAGUCCGCAGUUUAAAUUUGAAACUCAUGAAAAUUGGUCAGAUUGUUUGUCUUGAUGAUCUCUAGAUCAAGUACGAAUCUGGGUUAUGUGGAGUCAAAAACUAGGUUACCCAGUCAAAUCAAAGGAAAAGCUUGUUAACACUCUAGAUGCCACAUUUAUGACCCUAUCUUCAUGAAACUUGGUCAGAAUGUUUAUCUUGAUGACCUUUAGGCCAAGAACUCAGUCAUGUGGGGUCAAAAACUAGGUCACCCACUCAAAUCAAAGGAAAAGCUUGUUAACAUUGAAGAGGCCUCUUCCUGACCCUAUCUUCAUGAAACAUAGUCAGAAUGUUUAUCUUGAUGAUCUCUAGGCCAUGUUCCAACCUGGGUCAUGUGAGGUCAAAAACUAGGUCACUCGCUCAAAUCAAAGGAAAAGCUUGUUAACACUCUACAGGCCACAUUAUGACCCUAUCUUCAUCAAACUUGGUCAGAAUGUUUAUCUUGGUGAUUCCUAGGCCAGUUUCAAAACUGGGUCAUGUGGGGUAAAAAAACUAGGUCACCCGCUCAAAUCAAAGGAAAAACUUGUAAACACUGUACAGGCCACAUAUCUGGCCCUAUCUUCAUGAAACUUGGUCAGAAUGUUAAUCUUAAUGAUCUCUUCUUGGCCAUGUGGGGUCAGUUACUAGGUCACUUGCUCAAAUUAAAAAGGAAAAGCUUGUUAACACUCUAGAGGCCACAUUUAUGAUCCCAUCUUCAUGAAACUCAGUCAGAAUGUUUAUCUUGAUGAUCCCUAGGCCAAGUUCGAAACUGGGUCAUGUGGGGUCAAAAACUAGGUCACCCACUCAAAUCAAAGGAAAAGCCUGUUAACACUCUAAAGGCUGUAGGCCCAAUUACUUAGGUGAGCGAUCCAGAAUCAUCAUGGCCCUUUUGUUACCAUAAUUGAAAAAUUAAAAAUUAUUGUGAAAGCUGGAUAUGUGUAUAUAAGCCUAUAAAUAAAAUGCUCAAUUUAA